ACCAUCUUUUGUGUGUGUUUUUGAGAGAGAGAGAAAUUAUUGCUAUUUCUUUUCAGUUUUUAAUAUUAUCUCCAAUAUUUCUCUCUCUUUUUCUUUCCCAAAAUCCAAUUUACAUAAUCAAAAGUAAAAAGAAAAAAGUUUUUAACUUUUUUGAAAACCCAAUUUGGUGAAUUAAAGAUUAGAGAUGUUUGGUUGUUGCAGUGAUGAUAAAGAUAAUGAAUUUGAACAUCUUUUGCCUCAACAACCAAAACCAUAUUUUCUUCCUUCAGCACUUCCUCAAUGGCCCCAAGGUCAGGGGUUUGCUACUGGAAGAAUAAGCCUUGGCGAAUUAGAAGUUGCAUUGGUGAAAGAUUUCGAAUUUAUAUCGAGUUACACCCCGAAGAAAAAUAAGAGUGGUGUUACAUUUUAUAAACCCGUUUCAAUACCUGACGGGUUUUUCACUUUUGGUCACUACAGUCAACUAAGUGAUCAGCAACUAAGGGGGUAUGUUAUUGUUGCCCGGGAUACCCAAAAUGUAGAAACCGUGUCUCCUCCUUUAAGACCGCCCCUAGGCUACGAACUUAUAUGGAGUUCUGGGGCUGUUUAUGUGUGGCAACCCUGUCCUCCAUUGGGUUAUCGAACUUUAGGAUUUAUUGUCACUGCUGAUGAGAUUGAACCUGAUAUUGAAGAAGUUAGGUGUGUUCGAGAUGAUCUUACUGAAAAUUGUGAAGUUGAUGAUGUCAUUCUUGGCAACUCUUCGAGUCUUAAAGUUUGGAACACGAAAGCUUGCAAAACAGGCAUGUUUUGUAAAGGUGUUACCGUUGGGACGUUUUUUUGUAGUACAAAUUCAUCUUCUAGUGACGAAUUGGAUAUAUGUUGCUUGAGGAAUAUGAACCAGAAUCUUGAAGCAAUGCCGAAUUUGGAGCAAGUAGAGGCAUUAAUCGACCAUUAUGGACCCACAGUUUACUUUCACCCUAAAGAGGUUUAUUUACCUUCGUCGGUUGAAUGGUUUUUUGAAAAUGGCGCGCUUCUGUUUAAAAAAGGCAAGUCUGACGGCAUAUCGAUUGAUUCUUGUGGGUCGAACUUGCCUCAAGGUGGGAAAAACGAUGGUGAGUUUUGGAUGGAUUUACCGGAGGAGGACAAUGACGAUACGUUCGUCAAACACGGUAAUCUCGAGAGUGCAGAGCUUUACGUUCACAUUAAACCAGCCUUAGGUGGUACAUUUACUGAUAUCGCUAUGUGGAUUUUUUGUCCGUUUAACGGGCCCAUUACUUUUACGGUAGAGCUUUUGAACUUAAACAUCGAGAUGAACAGAGUUGGCGAACACGUUGGCGAUUGGGAGCAUUACACGCUACGGAUAAGCAACUUCGACGGGGAGCUUUGGAGCGUAUACUUUUCUGAGCAUAGCGGCGGUGAAUGGGUCGACGCUAAUAACUUAGAGUUUAUCGAGGGAAACAAACCUAUCGUUUACUCAUCAAAAUGUGGACACGCGAGCUUCCCAAACGCCGGGACAUACAUUCAAGGUUCUACAAAGCUCGGGAUUGGAGUCAAGAACGAUGUUGAUAAAAGCGAUAUGUUUAUCGACUCGAGCAAGAGGUAUAAGAUCAUAGCAGCAGAGUAUCUUGGUGGUUUAGUGGACGAGCCGGACUGGCUACAAUACAUGCGGGAAUGGGGGCCAACGGUGUUGUAUGACGGUCGGUCAGAGCUCGAGAAGCUCAUCAAACACCUUCCGUUUUUCAUGCGACUGACGGUCGAGACACUCAUCGAUCUCUUCCCGGUAGAGCUUUAUGGUGAGGAAGGACCAACAGGGCCUAAAGAAAAGGAUAACUGGUACGGAGAUGAAAGAUGUUAAAUGUGUAUAUAUAUUUAUGCAUUGAUGGUUGUACGUUUGUGUACUGCUUUUAAUGCACGGAUUAUGAGGACGGUGGUAUUGCUAUUUGCCACAAUUAUAUUGAAACAAUAUUUUGAUUCAAAUAUUGAAUGAUGUAUGUAUGUAUUGUUGUAAAAUAGAAAGAAAAAAAAAUAGACAAACAUGUGUGUUGCCUCAUUACUUCUA